GCAGCUGGGUUGCAGCCGUAGAGAUUGGAACAUUGCACUUUUGGGGAGUCACUCCCUUUUUUCGCAAUAAAGAUCUUUGAAAUUAGCGCUCUCCAGCCGACAGCGUCCCGUCUCUCUUUAGGGUCGGGGUCUCCGAGUCUCCCAAAAUGGCCGGCAAUCGAGAUCACGCUAAGGAGCAGCUGAAGCGCUGGCAAGAGCAGCGGGGCUCGCAGGAAGCCGAUUCCUUAACUACAGGAGCUGGAAUCCCAAUAGGAGACAAGCUGAAUGUCCUGACCGUUGGUCCAAGAGGCCCACUCCUGGUUCAGGAUGUGGUUUUCACUGAUGAGAUGGCACACUUUGACCGAGAAAGGAUUCCUGAGAGAGUUGUCCAUGCCAAAGGAGCUGGAGCAUUUGGCUAUUUUGAAGUGACUCAUGAUAUCACCAAAUUCUGCAAAGCAAAGGUAUUUGAGCACAUAGGCAAAAGAACUCCAAUGGCUAUUCGAUUUUCAACUGUUGCUGGAGAAGCAGGCUCAGCUGACACAGUGCGUGAUCCCCGAGGCUUUGCAAUGAAAUUCUACGGUGAAGAUGGAAAUUGGGAUCUUGUAGGGAACAACACUCCCAUCUUCUUCAUUAGAGAUGCAAUUCUGUUUCCAUCUUUUAUCCAUAGUCAAAAGAGGAAUCCACAGACACAUCUGAAAGAUGCAGACAUGGUAUGGGACUUCUGGAGUCUUCGCCCUGAAUCUUUGCAUCAGGUAUCAUUCCUGUUCAGCGAUCGUGGCAUUCCAGAUGGGCACCGUCACAUGAAUGGCUAUGGGUCACAUACGUUUAAGCUAGUCAAUGCUUACGGCAAUGCAGUAUACUGCAAAUUUCAUGCAAAGACUGAUCAAGGAAUUAAAAACAUUUGUGUCAAAGAUGCAGAAAGGCUGGCUUCUGAAGAUCCGGAUUAUGGCUUGCGUGAUCUUUACAAUGCAAUUGCUAAUGGAAACUUCCCCUCUUGGACUUUCUAUAUUCAAGUUAUGACAUUUGAACAAGCUGAGAAGUUUCCAUUUAAUCCUUUUGAUGUAACAAAGGUUUGGCCUCACAAAGAUUAUCCUCUCAUUCCUGUGGGAAAAAUUGUCUUAAACCGAAAUCCUGUCAAUUAUUUUGCUGAAGUGGAACAAUUGGCCUUUGACCCAAGCAACAUGCCUCCAGGAAUUGAACCUAGCCCUGAUAAAAUGUUACAGGGUCGUCUUUUCUCAUACCCAGACACCCACAGACACCGCCUGGGACCGAAUUACCUGCAAAUUCCUGUAAAUUGUCCAUAUCGAGCUAGAGUGGCCCACUACCAGAGAGAUGGGUUUAUGUGCAUAUCUGAUAACCAGGGUGGUGCUCCAAACUAUUACCCAAACAGCUUUACUGGCCCUGAGGAUCAACCCGCCUUGAAGGAGAGCCGUUCAGCUACUGCAGGCGAUGUACAACGCUUUAAUAGUUCAGUUGAGGAUAACGUCUCUCAAGUACGAGAUUUCUUUGUCAAAGUACUGAAUGAGGAAGAGCGUAAGAGGCUUUGCGAGAACCUUGCUAACCAUCUUAAGGAUGCCCAGAUUUUCAUCCAGAAGAAAGCUGUGAAAAACUUUAUGGAUGUUCAUCCUGAUUAUGGUGCAUGCAUUCAAGCCCAUCUGGAUAAACACAAUGCUAAAGGGAAAAGAAAGGAUCAAAUUCAUACUUAUACACAAACUUCCUUCUCUGGAAAGGAGAAAUCUCAACUAUAAAUGGCAUGUGAUCGCAUUGGAAAUCUUCAUCUGAAAUCCAUCCAACUGGAAAAUGGGCUAUGAAAAGCUUUACAUAUAAUGGAAUUGCCUCCUGUGCUAUUAACUGCAAUAUAUCAUCAAAUGUGAUUCUAUUUUAACAAUAAAUUGAAUUAACUAUAUAGAUUAUUAAUUUGGAAACUAUUCUGAUGAUAUCUUUGAAAUGUUAUAUGAAAUGUACAAGAAUAAUAACUUUGUAUUUUUGCUUAUUAACAUAUUUUAUUCUUUUGAUUGAUCUUUCAUUUAUUUACCAAAAGAACACGCAUUGCUGGGAUUGAUAUCUUUUAGUGGUAGUAUGACAAAUCCUUUUCAAAUGGGUAUUAAAAAUUACAAAAAGAGUUUUAAGAACUAUACGUGCAUGUAAAUCUUUUUAACAGCAAAUCUCCACAUAGUACAUUAAAAAAAUAUUAUAAAGUACUUGAGGGAGAAUUAUGUUUAAAUGUGAAACUUACCUAUGCUAUGAAAACUUUAUAUACAAUGGUAUUAAGUUUUAAGCUAUUAGCUGCAAAUACAAAAGCAUUUCAAUUUGAAGACCCUUUAAGAAAAACAUAACUUAUGCUGAAUCUGUGAUGAUAAAUAACUAUGAAAUAGCAUGUCUGAAAUAGUGUAACAAUUUUGUGUUUAUUUUUGCCUAUCAAACCUGAUUUGUAUUCUUGUAACAAAUCUUGCAUUUAUUCUUUGAAAGAAUAUAUGUCUUCUUUCUUUUACUGGUAAUCCUGACAUUAGUACUAUAAGUAAAUAAAAUCCUUAGUAAAUAAAUAUUAACAAUUAAAGCAAUUUUAAAUAAAUAUACAUUACUGGUAUAUAUGAAUGUUUUUAACAUAAAAUUUGCAUUCAUAUGGUACUCUUAAGAAUUGUUACAAUAUUUGAUGGAUUAUGUUAAGCGCAAAUUUUACUUGUUCUUGGACUAAAUGUUUCUUUCGUUGCUUCAGGAUGGAUCUCAACAGCAGGCUUUUGAAACAAAAAUAAAUGGAACAUUUUUAUAAUGCUCAUUCUACAAUAAAAUUCUCAAAAAUA